UCGGAAUUAGUGUCUAGAUUGACGGCGGAGCGGAUGAUGGAGGAUAAGUUGGAAGUCUCAGCGGAAGAGUUCUUCCAGAGCUCACCCCCUCUUCGCAAUGAACAGGCAGUUCGAGAAGCUUUAGAUGCAUUCAUAGCGCGCCACGUCAGCCGGCAACGGCAAGGUGACAAUAAUGGGGCAUGUGCAACGCGGCCAAUUGUAUGCAUAACAUCAGGUGGAACUACUGUCCCUUUGGAGAAACGUUGUGUGCGUUUCAUAGACAACUUCAGCUCUGGAAGUCGAGGUGCUACCUCUGCUGAGCAGUUUCUUGCUAAUGGUUAUGCAGUCAUCUUCUUGAAUCGUAGGGGCUCUCUUCAGCCGUUUUCACAGACACUUCCAGAAGACCCUGUCGUCCAAUGCUUUGAGAUAAACAAGAAUGGUGACCUUCAGCCGCAAAUGCAGUUUCGCAAUGUUCUUCAGCAGGCGGUCAAGGGUUACUCCGAGGUGAUGAAGGAUGGUUUGCUUCUGCGGCUGCCAUUUGAGACGAUCUUCGAGUAUAUGCAAAUGGUGCUCUACUCACUUUACAACAUCAGGACCUGAUUCAACCGGGUGGCAUUUCUCCGCGUGAUCUCGUGAAGAUGCGGGCAAUGAAUUGGGUGUUCAUCG